AUGAAGUAUAGCUACACUCUCUCCGUCGGGCUCGUGGGCCUAGCCCAGUUGGCUUCGGCUCACUACUUCUUCGAUGUCCUAGUUGUGGAUGGCGUCGCGUCCAAGAGCUACGAAUAUGUGCGCGCGAACUCGAGAGACAAGAAAUACAUGCCCACUAAGUACAUCAACACCUUCGACAACCUUACUCCGGAUGAUACCGAUUUCCGCUGCAACCUGGGUGCCACCAGCAACGGUAACACCGUUGGAACUGCCGAGGUGGCCGCUGGGUCUGAACUGGCCAUGGUGCUGGGGGUUGGCGCUACGAUGCAACAUCCUGGCCCUGCUCAGGUUUAUCUGUCCAAGGCCCCUGGAUCCGUCGCCGACUAUGACGGGUCGGGUGAUUGGUUCAAGAUUCACCAAGAGACAACUUGCACCGACGGUGACUUGACCUCAACAGCAUGGUGUACUUGGGAUAAGGAUCGCGUCACCUUUACCAUCCCUGCGGAUACUCCCGAUGGAGAAUAUUUGGUUCGCUCUGAGCACAUAGGCCUGCACGGUGCUCACAAUGGCGAAGCCGAGUUUUUCUACAGCUGUGCACAAAUCAAGGUUACUGGCGGUGGAUCAGGAACCCCAGGUCCAGUAGUGUCGAUCCCUGGAGUCUACAAACAGGACGAUGCAGCAAUCAACUUCAGCAUCUACGGUACAAAAGAUUACACCUUGACCCCCGGUCCAGCAGUCUGGGGUGGCGGUUCCAACUCUUCCAGCUCCUCGGGGUCCACUGGAGGUUCUCAAUCGUCGAGCUCCUCUGCCAGCGCUUCCCCAACUACAUCGGCCACACCCAAGGUCUCGGCUGUCCCCACCAGCACUGCGUCAGUCGCUCCUACUAAACCAACUGGUUUCCCUGGUGCUGGCAAAGGAUCGAAGGCUUCCUGCAAGAGCGCUAAGUUCCGAAAGAUGUAA